AUGGGAAACCUAGCAAGUCUAAUGGAGGGGAUAAUCAAAGAUAUCCAGGGAAGAAGAAAGUACUACAAGCAUGAUUGGAUUUGGCCAGGCUUUCGUAUAUUAGCUCCAACUGUGUAUAUCUUCUUUGCUUCUGCUCUUCCUGUUAUUGCCUUUGGGGAGCAAUUGAGUCUAGAAACAGAUGGCACCCUUAGCACUGUGGAAACAUUGGCUUCCACAGCUAUUUGUGGAGUCAUUCACUCCAUCUUCGGUGGGCAGCCAUUGUUGAUAUUAGGAGUUGCAGAGCCUACAGUUAUAAUGUACACCUAUUUGUACAGUUUCAGCAAAGGAAGACCAGAGUUGGGGCAGAAGCUGUUUUUGGCUUGGACUUCAUGGGUUUGCGUAUGGACAUCUUUGAUGCUCAUUCUUCUUGCCGUCUUCAAUGCAUGCAACAUAAUCACCAGGUUUACGAGAGUUGCAGGAGAGCUAUUCGGCAUGUUAAUAACUGUUCUUUUCCUUCAAGAAGCUAUUAAGGGAGUGGUGAGUGAGUUCAAUGUUCCCAAAGGUGAAAACCCAAUGAUAGAGAAAUAUCAGUUCCCCUGGCUGUACAUAAAUGGCUUGCUGGCAAUCAUUUUCUCAUUUGGGGUUCUAUUCACUUCCCUCAGUAGACACGCGAGAUCAUGGCCUUACGGAACGAGUAGUCUUCGAGGUUUUAUUGCAGACUAUGGCGUUCCGAUGACGGUAUUGUGUUGGACGGCUCUUUCAUAUACCAUACCACGUGAAGUUAGUCCCGGCGUUCCUAGGAGAUUGUUCGGCCCACGUCUUUGGGAAGAUGCAUCAUUGUAUCACUGGACAGUGAUAAAGGAUAUGGGAGAGGUUCCGGUACCGUACAUUUUCGCCGCCAUUGUACCGGCAUUGAUGGUAGCGGGACUAUACUUCUUUGAUCAUAGUGUUGCUUCACAGUUGGCUCAACAAGAGGAGUUCAACCUCAAUAAGCCUAGUGCAUACCAUUAUGACAUCCUUGUGCUGGGAAUCACUACUUUGAUUUGUGGGUUGCUUGGCCUCCCUCCUUCAAAUGGGGUCCUUCCACAGUCUCCUAUGCACACUAAGAGCCUCGCGGUUCUCAAGAGGCAGAUGAUGAGGGAAAAAAUGGUGAAAAGUGCCAAGGACGGCAUGUCACAACAAGCGAGCAAAUCGGAAAUCUACGGGACGAUGCAAGCGGUGUUCUUAGAGAUGGAUGCGUCUCCUUCUCCCUCUGUUGUGGAUAAAGAGUUGAAGGGCUUGAAAGAUGCUGUGAUGGAUGAUCAUUUCGAUCCCGCGAAACAUAUCGAUGCUCGUUUGCCUAUUCGAGUUAACGAGCAGAGGAUAAGCAACCUGUUGCAGUCAUUGCUUGUGGGAUUGUCUAUGUGCGCUGUGCCUAUACUGACAAUGAUACCUACAUCGGUACUGUGGGGAUACUUCGCUUAUAUGGCGAUCGACAGCCUCCCCGGAAGCCAAUUCUGGGAACGGAUGCUGCUACUCUUCAUUACUCCUAGUAGGCGUUACAAAGUACUUGAAGGCAUGCAUGCAUCAUUUCUUGAAUCUGUGCCUUUCAAGGCCAUUUUGAAAUUUACACUCUUCCAAUUUGUAUAUCUUCUGAUAUGUUUUGGAGUCACAUGGAUACCUAUAGCUGGAAUCUUGUUCCCGUUACCCUUCUUCCUCCUCAUCAGCAUCAGGGAGCACGUCCUUCCCAAGUUCUUCCUCCCCGAGCAUCUUCGCCGACUCGAUGCCUCUGAGUAUGAAGAAGUCGUCGGUACGCCGCAAAGGAACCUGAAUAUACCACUCAGGGAAGGGGAAGCUUUUGUUGCUCCCAGUGAGUGUACCGACGACGACUCCUAUGAUGCUGAGAUAUUGGAUGAGAUGACUACCCGCCGAGGAGAGUUGAAGCAUAGGGUAAACGUUGCAUCAGGCUGAAGAAAAUGGAGCAACUCGUGAUCAAG